AUUAUAAUAUUUAAGAAAAUUGAGUAGAUUUUUUAAUUUUAUCGUAAUAUGACAUAUUGCUGCAUUAUUUUUAGAUAAAUAUGUAUUUGUGAAUUAACUGUCUUUUAUGGAAAUUUGUUGAUUUAUUUUAUAUCGUAUAAGAUUAAUUUAUCUCCGAAGCAGGACGUGACACACUAACAUUGAUUAACACAGAGCACUGAAUUUUCUUGAAAUUGCAACUCUAAUUAUAUAUAUAAUAUGGACACAACUUGGGAAGAUUUUUAUGCCAAACAUCCACCGCCUCAAGAUAUUGAUCAAAAUGAAACGAUGCUGAGGGCAUUUGUAAUGCGCCAGUUAAAAAGAAAUAAUAAGGUCGUAUUAGUAACAAGUGGUGGUACAACAAUACCUUUAGAACACAAUACAGUAAGAUUUGUUGAUAAUUUUAGUGCAGGAACAAGAGGGUCUGUAUCUGCAGAAUAUUUUCUAGAAAAUGGAUAUGCUGUAAUUUUUAUAUAUAGAGUUAAUACUCUGGAACCAUUCUCAAGAUACUUUAAGGGACAGAAAUUUUUAGAUAUGUUAAAAAUUAAUGAACAAAAUGGAAAAUGUAUAAUCACAGUCUUACCACAGUACACAGAAAAUUUAACAAAAAUAUUAAAUAAAUACAAAAAAACUUUGGAUCAAGAUAAAUUAUUACAACUCACUUUCACUACUCUUUCUGAAUAUCUUUGGCUGCUUCGAUCUGCUUGUCAAUCAUUAACUUGUCUUAAAAAUAAAGCAAUUUUAUAUCUCGCAGCUGCAGUUUCAGACUUUUAUAUUCCAUCAAAUGAAUUGGCAGUUCACAAAAUUCCUUCUAAUGCACCAUCAACAAUAUCCCUUCAAUUGGUACCAAAAAUAUUAGCACCACUUGUAAGUUUGUGGGUUCCAGAAGCUUUUGUAAUAUCAUUUAAAUUAGAGACUGAUGAAAAUCUGCUAAUUUCAAAAGCAAGAGAUGCAUUAAAUAAAUAUAAACACAAUUUGGUUAUAGCCAAUAUGUUACAAACUCGAAAACAACAAGUAACAAUUGUUAGUCAAGAGAAUAAUUAUGUUAUUUCUCUUACUAAUGAGCAGUUGGCUAAAGGUGAAGAAAUUGAACGAUUGAUUGUUAGUGUUCUCAUUGAUAAACAUCAAAAUUUCAUACAAUCAACUGAACAAUGUAAUUAA